AUGCUAGCAAGAAUCCAAUCAUUUGCCACCGGUAUUGCCUCCAAGGCCCAGACCUACACUACAAAAACCUUCUACUACUCUAAAGUUGUGGGCGAGCUAUCCAAGCAAGUGUACUUGAAGGAGGGCCUACAGCCUCCUGCCAUCUCUGACUUCCAAAGCGUCUACACUAAGCUGUACAAGCAAGCGCUAGAUUUGGCUUUGAAGCCCAGACAGUCCCUGAGCCUUUUCAAGAACAUCCAAAAAGACAGCGUUUUGAAGUACGGCGCGUACGGUGUGCAGCUAGCUGGUUUGUACUCACUCGGUGAAGUUAUCGGUAGAAGAAAGGUAGUGGGCUACACAAACUACGCUGCUCAUCAUUGA